AUCAAAGAGCUAUGAAAGGCGGUCGACUCAGAAAGGAAAAACAGUCCUAACCGAAAGUGUGUGUUCUGGAAAACGUAUGUUGUUUCUAAUGUAAUUGGACUAUUAUAACAAUGGAAAUGACGACAGCUGUCCUAAACAUCCUUAUUUUGGUAUUGCUCUCCAUUCAAGUUUACUGUAAAAUAUAUGAAAUAAACACUCCAGAUGCAUUGAAAAAUUGCUUUGAUCAGAAAAGGUUAAAUGGCAAUUCAUCAGAUCCACAUUGGGAUAGUGCGCACGCUUACUGCAUUCAGAAAAAUAACUGGCAUUUAUUAAAAACAGCAUGGGGAAACAUUUCUAUAGAAACAGAAAAUUGGGUCGAUGAAUUAUUACGUAUGUCAGAACACGAGAUGGAGGGUUCUAGAUUUAAACGACAAGCAAGUAGAAGACGAAGGAGGUUGCGAAUAAGGAAAGAGUACAGAGUGUUAUCAGACACGGAAAGAAACAAUUUCCAUAGAGCUAUAAACAUGUUGAAACGAGAUACGUCUGUUAGACCAAAUCGAUAUGAUGCUCUUGGACUUCUACAUCAGCGACUAGUAGACGACAUACACCACGGGGCUGCAUUUUUACCUUUUCAUAGAGUUUUGCUUGUAGUGUGUGAAAAUGCAUUAAGGCAAAAAAUCCCAGGAGUGACUAUCCCUUAUUGGGAUUCACGAUUGGACAAACCACUGCGUGAUGCUACACGAUCUAUAAUGUGGUCUAAUUCAUUUAUGGGGUCAUGUAAGGGACGAGUAAGGAAUGGUCCUUUCCGAAAUUGGAAUACACCGGCUGGUCCCUUAGUAAGAAAUGGUGGACAAAUAGGGGAUUUGUUUGAUUACAGCACAAUUAGGGCUAUAUUAACAAGAAGCCGUUUACACGAAAUAGCAGAGCCGAAUGCAGUUCCACCAUACGAUUAUGAGAUAAGACAUGGUGAUGUUCAUCAGUGGGUUGGAGGCCUUAUGGAACCUGCUGAAACGGCCGGUUUUGAUCCGAUAUUUUAUUUGCAUCAUAGUUUUGUUGAUUAUGUUUGGGAAUUAUUUCGGAGAAACCAACAGAGGCGUGGUGUCAAUCCCACAACAGAUUAUCCAUCAGAUUACGGCCCCGCCUCCCAAGCUCCUAGACGACCAAUGCGAUUGGGAAGACUUAGAAACAUUCACGGAAUGAGUAGUAUGUACACAUCCCGAAUUUACUCGUAUGAGCCGGCUCCAACUUGUUCGUUCACAAACACUAAUUGUGGCUCUUCCUACCUUCGUUGUAUUACAAGGAGUGGCACACCAAGAUGUGUAUCUGUCGAAAUAAUUAGUAGGCGUCAAUCAAGAAGAAGACGUUCAAGAAGAAGGCGUACAAGAAGAAGACGUACAGGGAGGAAUAGCAGAUCUAGACGUCGUGGCAAACGACAAGCAUUAAACGAAACAGCCAUUAUGGAUUUGGAUACUUUUACGGACGGUUAUGUUGGACCGACUUAUACUGACCAAAUGAUUAGUCCAGUAAACGAUAUUUGUCCCUCGACCAAUCCGUACAACGUUAUACAAAAUAUGUAUCUGAUGAACGGUUUGUCUGAUACACGUGUCUGGGUAUAUGUACCUGUAAAAAUUGUAUAUAAGCGACAACCAGAACAAAUGCAGUUCGACUCCUUUCCUGUGAAACGAGGACAAUUGGAAGCAUUUCAAGAUAUUUACGAUCCUACUGGCUACAGCAGCUUAAUAGAUCUAUUUCCAGUCAAGCCACAACCUCGAACAUGUGGAGAAAUGGACAGCAUUUUUACCAAAGUUGCAGUACACAGUGAUGGGCUAAACUACCAUGGAAGUUACAGAGAGUUUGCUCUGUUAGACGCACGUCAGCCAUUUGAUUCAUCUAUAAUGUAUGUUGCAGUGAAAAGUCCACAAAUGGGUCCGACAGAUGUAGUUUUAACAGCAUAUGGUCCUUGUGGAAAUGUUUGUAAACCACAUUGUAGAGAUUUAAUUGGUGGAUACAAGCACUGUGAUGGUUCAAUAAAAAUAACAAACCGAGGGCCAAAAGGUUACGGUGAAGACUAUGGCGAUGCCGUCAGAAUGUUAUGGAGUGCACCUGGGCCAGACCAUCUACCUACAAUUAAUGAGUCCGAUAUCUUUUUGCAUUUUGUAUGUGAUUAAACAAUGGCUACACGAAAUUUAUAUUUAUUUAUUGCAUAAAUCGGGAAAUAAAUGUGUUAUUAAUGAUAAUUUGUUGAAAACGUACUCUAAAAUUUGAAUAGAAAAUAUAAUUGGAGGCCACAAUGGCCGUUUACCACUCUACUAACUACAUGUACAGAUCUACAUAAUUAGCUGAAAAGCUGAUUACGUGCCGUCUGCAGCAAGUUAUUGUAUUAACAUACUCUUAGUGUAUAUACAUUAUAUGACAGUGUCUUUUAAUAAUGUUUGAUAACUGACAAUCUGUAAAUGUGGACAAUAAAUUUCAAAAUUUCAACAUA